CGAGCGAACUUUCAGUAAGCCGCUGGCAGCGAUCAAGUGAGAAAGUGUGUGAGAUCCGCUAGUAAAAUUAUUUGCGUUGAAAACCAUUUGAAAGAUGUUCGCCAAACUGACCACACGUGGCAUUGCCAGCCGCCUGAGCAGCAUGGCACAAAAAACACAGCCCAAAGAGACCAGCACGACCGAUACUAGCCGCUCCGAGGCGGUUUUCGCACGUGAGAAAAAAUAUGGCGCGCACAACUAUCAUCCGCUGCCCGUGGCGCUUAGCCGGGGCGAGGGCGUGCACGUGUGGGAUGUGGAGGGCAAACGCUACUAUGACUACCUCAGCGCCUAUUCGGCGGUCAACCAAGGCCACUGUCAUCCCAAGAUUAUUCGCGCCCUCACGGAGCAGUCACAGAAACUGGCGCUGACGUCACGCGCAUUUUACUCCGAUGUGCUGGGCGAAUAUGAGGAAUAUAUUACCAAAUUCUUUGGCUACGACAAGGUGCUGCCCAUGAACACAGGUGUGGAGGGCUGUGAGACGGCCUGUAAGCUGGCCCGCAAGUGGGGCUAUGUGAAGAAACAGAUACCCGAGAACAAGGCUAAGAUCAUCUUUGCCCGCAACAAUUUCUGGGGCCGCACACUGGCCGCCAUCUCUGCCUCGAACGAUCCGAGCAGCUAUGAGGGCUUUGGUCCAUACAUGCCCGGCUUUGAGCUCAUCGAUUACAAUAAUUUGGCUGCCUUGGAACAGGCACUGCAGGAUCCCACAGUGUGCGCCUUUAUGGUGGAGCCCAUUCAGGGCGAGGCGGGCGUCAUUGUGCCUGACGAGGGCUACCUGCGCAAGGUGCGCGAGCUGUGCACCAAGCACAAUGUUCUCUGGAUAGGCGAUGAAGUGCAGACCGGUCUGGCACGCACAGGUCGCAUGCUGGCCGUGGACUACGAGGAAGUCCGUCCCGAUAUACUCAUUCUGGGCAAGGCACUCUCCGGUGGCAUUUAUCCCGUUUCGGCUGCACUCUGCAAUGAUGAAGUGAUGCUCUGCAUCAAGCCAGGCGAGCAUGGCUCCACAUAUGGUGGCAAUCCGCUUGGCUGCCGUGUAGCCAUCGCUGCACUAGAGGUGCUCCAGGAGGAGCGAUUGGCCGAGAAUGCCUUCAAGAUGGGCCAACUGCUGCGCACGGAGCUCUCCAAGCUGCCCAAGGAUGUGGUCUCGGUCGUCCGUGGCAAGGGUCUGCUCAAUGCCAUUGUCAUCAAUGCCAAAUAUGAUGCCUGGGAAGUUUGCCUGAAGCUCAGGGACAACGGCUUGCUGGCCAAGCCCACCCACGGCGACAUCAUUCGCUUCGCCCCGCCCCUGGUCAUCACUGAGGCCCAAAUGCUAGAGAGCAUUGACAUUAUUAAGAAGACAAUUCUAAAUAUGUAAAGGCACAAAUAUUAUUCAUAUAUAUAU